AAAGAAUGCGAGGUCCAUCAAGCGUUGAGUUGUAGCAUUUGCGCAGACUAAUCUGCGCUGUUGCUACCAGGAUUUGACUUCUAGUUGUUUUAUCUGAGUCAGUCAUCUCUUCAAGAUUAAUUUAAAAUUGCCUUCUUUCAAAGGAAAAAAAACUCCACAUUACUGGACCAUCGUCUGUGUCAGGGAUUCAAGAACAUGGUGAUCAAAGUGUACAUAGCAUCGUCCUCUGGCUCCACUUCGAUUAAGAAACAGCAGCAGGAUGUGAUGGGAUUCCUGGCGGCCAAUAAGAUUGAGUUUGAGGAGUGUGACAUAGCGGCCAAUGAAGACAACAGGAAGUGGAUGAGGGAGAACGUUCCGGAGGAAUCGCGGCCUGCUGCGGGGAACCCCCUCCCCCCACAGAUAUUCAAUGACAGCAAAUACUGUGGGAACUAUGAGGCAUUCUUUGAUGCCAGAGAGGACAAUGCUGUCUACGCUUUCCUGGGGCUGACCGCCCCGCCUGGCUCCAAGGAGGCCGAGGCUCUUGCCAAGAGAGAACAAGGGCAGCAGUAGCCAAACUGUGACCCUCAAAACACAAAAAACACCCGACCUAGAACCAGGACCGGAGGACCGCUAACGUCAUUUCAUCCCACUUCCGUCUCCAAUCAUACUAGCUCUUCAACUAUGUCUUGAAUGUUUUUAUCGUUGAUGUUGUUUUGUAAUCUUUGUUCAGCUGUGCCUUAUGCGAUCAGCUGACGCGAGGUACUAGAGCUGAGGAUGAUGUGAAACCAGCAACAACCCUGUGUUCCGCCAUCACACCUCAGCCCUAUUGGUCGAUCUGUUGGCAUGUUCAAACGUGUGGCAUCAUUUUUUUAUGUGUACUUGCACAAACAGACAUGAGAAAUUGUGUGCACACUUAGAAUGAUAGUCAAAACUAGUAUCUGCCAUAGAUGGGUUAGACCCAGACCUGAGUUGCUCACAUGGGUUUGUCAGAAUGGAUCAACAUGUUAUGUUUUCUGGUAACGUGAUCAGUGUUGAUCGUUUAAAUGAAUGCUUCAGGUCUGGCCUGUCCUCCCACCAGAAUCUUUAGCACCUUCAUCAAGAGUUAUUUUAUACCAAGGACCCUUUCUUAAUAAUUUGAUUAACUGUAUAUUGUUUUAUUACUGUUUCGAUAGCAAGCUCUUUUCUUUGAAAUGUGAUGAAACGAGACAACAUGCCAAAUCUUAAUCUGUAAAGGGAGCGGGGAGGAGAGUGGAGUUGUUUUGAUGUAAACGUUCAUCAUUGUCGAUAGGUAGAGGUGUGCAUGCGGUGAUAAUCUUAGUUUUGUUUCUUUUCCACAUUUUCCCUUCAAAGUUGUGUCAUCAUCUGCUUGGUCCUGCUGAGGCCUACUGCCCUCAGCUGGGGCAGAGACACAGGAUCCUCACUUAUACUCUGCUCCGUAGACAGUAACAUCUUUAAAAGCAAACUCCAUUGAGACGAUCUCUCUCUCCUCUCUGCCCUCUCUUUUUCUCUUGAUCAAUAUCUCAUUCUCUUUCUCAAUGUCUCCCUCCUCUCUUUUGUCUACCCUCCUGCUUCCCUAUGAUAGUCUUAUUUUUGUGUACAAUAAAGAUUUGAGUUUACAAAA